GAGAAUUCAAGAUUCAAAAUGGAAAACCACCAAAUUCUGGCGAAAUCCAAACUGGGCUUCUCUGCUUCAUUCAGAGAAGCCUUCAAAAUCCUCUUUAAUCAUCCAAACUUCAUCUCCCUCGUCCUCAUCUCCUCCUUCCCCCUCUUCGCCUCCCUCCUCGCCCACCACAUUCUCCUUCACCCAACCUUCAUUCAACUCCUCAAACUUCUCUCAGAAGAAAAUCCAUCUGAUCCAUCUCCAAGGUACAUCAUCAGGUGUCGAUUAGAUGGCAGCACAGCCUGCAUCUCGCAGCGCUCCUCUGAUGACAACAACUUCAAAGCAACUCUCUCCCACAAGUUUCUGAUAUCAACUCUCAUCUCUUCAGCACUCAUCUUCUUCCUAGACCUUCUCUCCACAAUCUCAACAGUAUCUAUAUCAGCAGCAAUAUAUGGAGGAAACUCCCAAAUGGGUUUCAAACAGAUGCUAGUUGAAGUCAGAAAGCGAGUGGCUGUAAGACUGAGAGGCUCAUUGGCAACAUCUCUGUAUGCUCUUAUACUUGCUUCACUAACUCUAUUGGGUUUAAUCGCUUUGUCAACAAACAUGUUUUUGAUGCCAAAAAGCUCAUUUAUCUUUGGGACAAUCUUUGUAUUUCUGUUGACAAAAUUCAUAGAGUGGAGCGCUAUUUGGAACAUGGGAAUUGUUAUCUCAAUCUUGGAUAAGAACCAUGGCUACAUAGCAAUUGGAGUGGCAGCAUAUCUAAGCAGAGGCAGGAGGAAGUUAGGGCUAAGUUUGAUGCUGGUUUUCUUUGCUUUGAAGGUGGCUCUUGGGCUGCCAUGUCUCUAUGCUUUGUGGAAUCAGGGGAGUUGUGGGGCAUUGGGGAAUGUGGUGUCCGUGAGUUUCAAGUGUGUGGGGGAUAUUCUAAUGUGGAUUGUUCUUAUGGUUUAUUUCUAUGACUGUAAGAGGCAGUUUCUGGAGAAGAAGAUCGAUUUGGAGAAUAAUGGUAAAGCCAUUGAAGCUACUCAACAAUAAAUUGCUAGAUUUUUACCUUCUCAGUCCGCCAUGGAAGCCUGCAAAUUGGAGGUAUGAAGCUCUUUUCCUCCCCUUGAGUUGUAGAAGAAAGAGAGCCUCCUUCCUGCAAUUGUACAAGACGAUAAACAUUGGAAUGUGACAGUUUAUAAUAAGGAUUUGAUUCAAUUGCAAAGAAUUGUUGUAAUUUUGAGUAAAUUCAAUCUAACCCUUUAUCGAAA